AACACCUAAAAACUAAAAACGUUCGUUACAAAAUCUAUUCUAUUCUGGUUUCUUGAGUCGAAGGAUUAAAGUCAGCUACAAGCUCUUCGUCUCCCUCCACAAUAACAAGGAAGAAGUCGUCGAGCUUAUACCUCACUGUUCUCAUCGUUGCGUACAGACAAUCAGACAUAGCCCAUAAUCCCAGACUCGGUUUUAAGGAGGUUUCUGUGAUAAAGUUGUGGGCUUGCAGAGAUAAAAGGACAGGGAGAGGGGAAGAAGGGAUUUUGGAGUGUCCGAGGUUGCCAUCGCUGAUGAUGGGUAGGGCGAAGAGUGAAAUUUGUAUGAGAAUGAGAGAUUUCAUGGUUUUGGCCAUUUUUGCAGCUUCAACUUGCUGGGGAUUUACAGACCCUAGAGAUGUUUAUGCUAUUAAUAGUAUAUAUGCCAGUUUGGGCUUCCCUCUGCUUCCUGGGUGGGUUCCAUUUGGAGGAGAUCCCUGCGAGGAGCAUUGGCAAGGUGUGCUCUGUGUCAACGCCAAUAUAACUGGGAUUGUUCUUAAUGAUUCGAAUUUGGGUGGUGAGCUGAGCGAGGACUUGGGAAGUUUUGCUUCGAUCAUACAAAUAGAUUUCAGCAACAACCACAUUGGAGGCAGCAUACCAUCCAAUUUACCUAGUACUGUAAAAACCUUUUUUCUUUCAGGUAACCAGUUCACAGGGAGCAUUCCAGAUACACUAUCCACGUUAGGCCAACUAUCUGACUUUUCACUGAGCAACAACCAUUUGACUGGAGCGAUACCGGAUGCUUUUCAACAGCUUAAAUAUGUGAUAAAUUUGGAUUUGUCUGGGAACAACUUGAGUGGUCAACUUCCUCCUUCAAUUGGGAAUUUGUCAUCGCUCACCACCUUGCACGUGCAAAACAAUCAGUUGUCUGGUUUCCUCGAUGUUUUACAGGAUCUUCCUCUAACAGAUUUAAACAUAGAGAACAAUCUGUUCUCUGGGCCUAUACCCGAUAAAUUACAGAACAUACCAAACUUCAGAAAAGAUGGAAACCCUUUCAACACUACUAUCAUCCCUUCACCGCCUGCAUCAUCACCUUCUCCAUCACCAUCGCCAUCCCCAUCACCAUCUGGAGUUCAUCCUCCUCAAUUAGUACCGCAUAGCGAAGCUUCAGGACCCUCAGCACAACUUCACAUUGGGCAAAAGCAUAAUGGUUCGAGGAGCACCAGGUGGAUUGUUAUUGCAGGACUGGUGAUAGUUGUACUGCUUCUCCUAGGGUUAUGCAUUUAUAUGUCACGAUACUGCAAAAAAGGACAACGUUUCAAUAAGGAGCAAAAUGGACAUGAUAUAAGUGCAUAUAAUUUACCCAGGGAAAACCCCAUGUAUGACCAAUCUUUGCAGAAACGUGAUUACCGAGCAGAUAAAGUUGUAAAACCUGUGACUAAGGACCAAGGAAAUAAUAGCUCAGUAACAAUGCCAGAAACUGCAUGGACAAAAUAUUCAAAGAGAAAGCCUUCUUGGUCUGAGAAGGAUGACGAUCAUCAGUUGGAUAUGGCAGCCGUGGAUAUCCUCCCGCCACCCCCACCUCCUUUCUUAACUCUCCCUGCUGAACGGAUGAUUCUAGAUGCAAAUUUGCCUCCAAUAACCACACGCAAGCUUGCUUGCAUGAACUUGAGCUCUGAAAAGUGCUACACUGUUGCUGCUCUCCAGCAAUAUACAAACAGCUUUUCUCAGGAUAAUCUUAUCGGAGGAGGCAUGCUUGGCAGAGUGUUCAAAGCCGAACUCCCUGGUGGAAAGCUCUUGGCGGUCAAGAAGUUGGAUACAGCUUUGGCAAGUUGUCAAAGUGAUCAAGAUUUUGUUCAGCUGAUCUCCACAAUGUCGAGACUUGAACAUGAAAGCAUUGUUAGACUCGUGGGUUACUGUGUAGAACAUGGGCAGCGGCUACUAGUAUAUGAGUACUACAAUAAUGGCACCCUUUAUGAGGCAUUGCAUGUAGAUGAGGAGAUGCAUAGACAACUUUCAUGGAAUGUUCGAGUACGCAUUGCACUUCAAGCUGCCAGAGCUCUAGAGUAUAUGCAUGAGGUCUGUCACCCACCAGUUUUGCACCGGAAUUUUCGAUCUGCUAAUGUCCUUUUGGACAAGGAGCUCACCGUACACGUUUCAGACUGCAGUCUGGCUACUCUUGUGCCAUCUAAGUCCAUGGCUAUGCUGCAACGUUGUGGUUAUGGUGCACCAGAACUUGAACUUGGAAGCUAUACUUAUCAGAGCGAUGUUUACAGCUUCGGAGUAGUUUUGUUAGAGCUACUCACAGGGCGGAAAUCUUAUGACAGGUCACGGCCUCGAGGUGAACAAUUUCUGGUUAGAUGGGCUGUCUCACAACUUCACGACAUAGAUGCAUUAUCAAGAAUGGUUGAUCCUUCUCUAGCUGGUGCAUAUCCAUCCAAGUCUUUAUCUCGGUUUGCUGACAUAAUUUCAUUGUGCAUCCAGCCGGAGCCAGAAUUCAGGCCACCAAUGUCUGAAAUCGUCCAGAAUCUCCUGCACAUGAUGUAGAUACCCUUGAGAGCAGGAAGUGAAAGAGAGGAUAUUAAAUCUGGGAAUGGAUGUUUGUGGUAGAUUGUGUUUAGUUCUGAGGUACCAAGAGAUCAGAACAUCAUCUUAGGUACAUGUUUUAAUAGUACAAAAGUAGCUACAUAACAUUUAUAUGUUCUUGGAUGAAGAAGAGAUGUAAAUAUUAUUGUUAUAGUGUAGUGGCUUGUUUUGUUUGAAGUUGUUGAGAGGUAUAUCUUUUGUAUCCAUCUCUUUUAGAUU